CGUGCGGCGUGCGCGCGGCGCGGCCAUGCCGGGCAGGAAGUCUUCCAAGGAGAAGAAGCGGCGCCGCUCGCGUUCCUGCUGCCCGGAGGGAGCCCCGGGACCGGACGGCAGCGACAGGAAGCGGCGGAGCACCGAGUCCAGCCACGGUGCCCUGGAGGAAACAAAAUGCAAUGUACUCUCUGGAGAAAAAGUGGAAGAAGCUGAACAAACCAGUGAUAUAGAAGAAGGAGGAUUAGAUCUCACUGUGUCACUCAAACCUGUCAGUUUCUACAUUGGGGACAAAAAGGAAAUGCUUCAACAGUGUUUCUGUGUCAUAGGGGAGAAGAAACUACAGAAGAUGCUGCCUGAUACUUUAAAGAACUGUUCCAUGGAUGAAAUCAAAAGGCUUUGCAUGGAGCAGUUGGAGCUGUUAUCUGAAAAAAAACUGUUGAAGAUACUUGAAGGCAAGAUUGGAGCUGAUUCUGAUACUGACGAGGAGGCAGAUGGAGGAGACAAGACUGGAGGUGAUUCAGUCAGUCAACAGGACAACAGUAUAGACUCAACUUCUUCUCUGAGAGAAGACAGCAAGCUGGAAGGUCAGGAGUCAAAGCAAGGCAAGGGAGAAGAUAGUGAUGUCCUCAGCAUAAAUGCAGAUGCAUAUGAUAGUGACAUAGAAGGCCCAUGCAAUGAAGAGGAUGGUCCAGAUGUGCAAGAGAGCACUGUCAGAAGUGGAGCUGGCCAGAUAGAUGACCUUCAGAAGGACAUUGAGAAGAGUGUGAAUGAGAUUCUGGGGUUGGCCGAGUCCAGCCCAAAGGAGCCCAAAGCAGCAGCCUUAGCUGUUCCUCCAUCAGAAGAUGUUCAGCCAUCAGCACAACAGCUGGAGCUUCUGGAACUUGAGAUGAGGGCCAGAGCUAUUAAGGCUCUGAUGAAAGCUGGUGAUGUAAAGAAACAUCCAUGAGACUAUUCAGAUUUCAUUUUCACUAUUUGUUUCGAAAAAGGUGAUGUCUGUUCUCUUCAGUGCUAUGUUUGGGUUGGGUGUGACAUUCCUCGUUCAGACUGUAUUGUGUAUCCUGACCUGUGGUUCAGUGGUUUUGUUGCCUUUAGUGUGCUGCUUCCAUGACAUUCACAAACAGUGGUUGAUGCUUCCCUGAGAUGAGGUGUCCUUGGGCUGGGUCACUUCCUCAGGGAAUCACACCACAUAUGGAGCUGUGCCAGGUAUCUGGUGCCUUCCAGAAAGGUUGUUGUAGAAACAUGGAAUCAUUGAAUGGUUACGGUAGGAAGAGAUUUGAGACUGCUUAAUUCUUUUUGGGGCCCAUCUCAUCAUAAUGUAGGUACUCUAAUUACAAUGUGAUGCUUUGUGUAAAAGUAUUCUCAGUUUUUAAAAUUUUAAUUCCUAAAGGGAAGGAUUUUUACCUUUCAAAUAAACAGUCGAACAUGUUAUUUUCAGAGUUAUGAAAGUGCCUGAAAGAGACAGAGCGGAGAUUAUUACACUGCCAUGUAGUUUUUGUCACUUUUCUCCACUCUUAUCUUUUGUAUUAUAACUGAAGAAAACACAGAGUUUCUUCCUAACUGGAAAGCUUUCCUUUUGAAUAUUUGGCAUAAUAUUUAAUAAAUCAAACAGUUCAGAAGACCUUGAGCUUUUAACAUUCAAUUGAUGUAGUUAUUUCAUGUCCCCUGAAAGUAGGAAAAUCCACCUAAUUUCAGUAUGCUUUAUUAGAAAAGGCAUUUAAUUUAUUUAUAAGAUUAAAAAUAUAAAUUCUAUUUUUAUCCAUUUCAAGGUAUUCCUUUAUAAAUAAAUUGAAUUUCAGAAUUAAUUUUCAUGCUAUAAUGUCUUACAACAAUUAUUUUAAUUAUUUUACAACUAGUGCUUGUUAAAAUAUUUGUGUGUUUGUUUACACAUGCAGACAUCAAUUCUUUUUCUUUAAAGGUAUGAAGUUUACAACUGUACUGUUUGUUAAGUAAAAUAAUGUAUUAUGUAUUUUUGUUCAUGAGUUUUCCUUGGUUGUUACUUAGAAAGCCAGUUACAUGCUUUGCAACAGAAGUUGACAUAAUUUCCCCUAGUAUUGUGUAAUAUUACUGCAAACUUAAGUCUAUUGAGAUAUUAUGUCUUGAAUUCUUUUAAGGUUUAUAAUUUUCUUUAUAUUCUUUCAUUUUAUCCCUUUUCUUCCUUCUCUUUAUUCCCUUUUUUUUUUUACCAGUUUCUUUUUAAAUCCCUUUCUGUAGCAAGCUUCUUGUAUAUUUCUUAAGUAUGAUUGAUUUCCUCUACAACCAACAUUAUUGUAAAAUGUUAGUGCAGUGUAAAUUUGAUAAUAAACUAAAACCUUCAUUAAAUACAGUUGAUAAAAUU